AUGUCGUCAUUCUUUGGAGGACUUGCGGGCGGGAAACAGAAAACGGUGAUCAAACCACGCAAAAACUUGCCUGAACACACGAAACAGUACCAACUGAAGAAAUAUGCAGACGCCACGCUUGGAUCGGGCAACUUGAGAGCCGCGGUGACGUUGCCGGAAGGAGAAGACCUGAACGAAUGGCUGGCCGUCAACACUCUGGAUUUCUACAACCAAAUUAACAUGCUCUAUGGCACGGUGACCGAGUUCUGUACGCCUACUGAAUGUCCCGUCAUGAGUGCUGGUAGUCGGUACGAAUAUCAUUGGCAUGACGGGAAGGAGUUCAAGAAAGCCACGAAGGUCUCUGCGCCGGAGUAUGUCGAAUACUUGAUGAAUUGGGUUCAAGGAUUCUUGGAUGAUGAGAAGAUCUUUCCAUCCAAAAUCGGACAAGAGUUUCCAAAGACAUUCAAGACAACAAUCCAGUCGAUCGUCCGACGAUUGUUCCGGGUCUAUGCGCACCUCUACAACCACCAUUUCGCGCAGAUCUGUGCGCUGGGGAUCGAGGCUCAUUUGAACACUUCUUACCGCCAUUUCUACUUCUUUAUCGACGAGUUUGAUUUGAUCAAGAAAGACGAGUUGAUCCCGUUAGCCGAAUUGAAUGCAAGCAUCAUCUCAGGCGAACUCAAUAGCCAACAGCAACAGCCCAAAUGA